GAGCCAAUUAGAAAGAUAAAACCCCUUUCGUUCAAAAUACCUGCAUUCUUGAAUCCGAGAAUCACCCUGCAUUUUCCUGUUGUAUGGAUCAAUUUUCUAUUCAAAAUUCAAAUGAGAUAAAGCCUGAAGAAGCUAUGCGUGAAAACUAACAAUUUUGGCACUGGUCAUACUUGGGCCGGACCCGUGCCCUUAUUAGGCCUCACCAUAGGCCCAUCUGACUUUUGAAAUUUGUGAGGAGAGAAGUGAACUGCUGCUUCAGUGAGCUGCCGAUUCUCCUCCGGUUAUCGGGACCGCCGAUACUGCCAUUCUCUGCCGACUGAAGCUUUGGCUUUCUCCUUCGCCGUCCUCCAUUCAAGAAAAGUCAACCCAAUUUGGUCAGUUCUUCGCAGAUACUCUUUCAUUUCUCCGAUAUUCUUCUCAAGUCAUUCACAUAGUUGCGGAACUUCGUUGCUCUAGUCCCGUUUCUGCGCUCCCGAUCGUAUAUGAUGGGUGCUUUGAGACUGAUUAGUGCAAAUUCAUAUCGGAGAACCGCUAUAGCAUUGAGUUCUCCGGCCGCCCAACUCAGUGGAAUUUCUCUGCUACAUGGAAUCAGAAGUUUCACUUCUCAGAUUGCAACUCAAGAAGGGGAAGAUGGGCAUUCCUUCCCGGUCUCUUAUCUGACGAGCUCACUCGGGUUCUCAGUAGACAGCGCCAAACUUACAUCCAAGUUUUUGAAUUUUCGAACGGCAGAGAAACCGGAUGCAGUUGUUAAUCUGCUGAGAGGGCAUGGAUUCUCCAGAACCCAAAUCGCCAAAUGCAUCAAGUACUACCCUAGUCUGCUUCUGCUCGACACCGAGAGAAUACUUCGUCCCAAGAUCGACUUCAUUCGUUCCAAGCUCGACUUACUUCAUUCCACUGGCAGUGCUCUACCCGAGCUUACAAAGUUUGUCUCUUCCAAUCCCCAUCUGUUGCAUGUGAGCUUAGAGAAACGCCUGAUUCCUCGGUAUAAUGUGCUCAUGGGUGUCCUGCUUCAAGACAGUAGAGUUGUGAGCGUUCUGAAUCGCUCACUGUGGAGCUUUGUUGGCAGUGUAGAUUCCACCAUUGUUCCCAACCUAGCAUUUCUUAGGAAGCUAGGAGUGGGCGAGAAGUCCAUAACUAACUUGGUAUUUAACUUCCCUAGUGUGGCUUUCAAGAGCCACUCCCAUUUUGCUGAAAGCGUUGAGCUUGCCAUGCUAUUAGGAUUUGAUCCAUUGAGGGGAAACUUUGUUGGUGCAAUUAGAGCGCUUGCUUGUUUGAAGAAAUCAAGCUGGGAGAAAAGAUUGGAGGUGUAUGGGAGGUGGGGGUGGUCAAAGGAUUUGACUUUGUUGGCUUUCAAGAGAUAUCCACAAUGCAUGUGUGUUUCGGAGGAAAAGAUCAUGCAGACAAUGGACUUCCUUUUGAACAAACUAGGUUGGGAAUCAAAGGCUGCUGCUAAGUGCCCAGUUAUCUUCGGCUUAAGCUUUGAGAAGAGGGUUGUCCCUAGGUGUUCCGUUGUGCAACUGUUGCGGCUUAGAGGGUUGAUUGAUGAUAUUCCUAGCUUGAGUGUUUUCUUGUCUCCUGUAGAGUACCGGUUUAAGGAUAAGUUUGUUGUCAAAUAUCCAGAUUAUGAGGCUGAAUUGUUGGAUGUGUAUGAACGACGAGUGAAUGUCGUUGAUUUUCGAACUAUGGCUACUGAGAGAUGUUAAAUCAAGAUUCUAGUGUUUUCUCUUUUUUACCAUGUUCUUGAUUUUGACAGAUGCUUGAGUAGAACAUAUUGCGUCUUCAUUGAUUAAAAAAUUAUGAAAACUUAUGUAACUUCUCCAUUGUUAGGUUGACAUCAAUUGAGAGUUUCAGGUCACAUUCUGCAGGCAUAAGAAAAUGCUGCCAAUAUUUGACUUUUGCAUCUAUGCCUUGAAAAUAUGUUCUGGAGGUGAGGUCCUGAAUAUAUUUCCAUUGUUAUGUAUCUUGAGCUUCUUCAGCAAAAGUUACAUAGCUUGAGUUUUGUCAUUGUUUUGGUGUGCUCUUCUAUUGUGCAGGUGUCAUUGUUUGUCUUAGCUUGUGAUUUAUUAACAACAUAUUACUGGAAUAGAGGCAGAAGUAGUAGGAUGUACAUGAGCUCCACACGCUAUUGUGUUAACUGGUUCUAGUAAUAUAGCUCUCUGUAUUGCCCAACCUAUGCGUUGGAUCCACCACCUCUGUACUGCAUGCUAGUUUCAAUGGAAUGAGUGGUGCAACAAUGCAAGAAUUGCAUUUAGCAUCUUCUCUGCCAUGGGAAGCCCUGCACAAAGCACAAACCCUUCUCCCUGUCCUGAACAGGUGGUACAUGUUUCCCAGGUAAUCGAACUUAGUUGCCUUGUCUUGGUCGUCCUCCAGAAACCUCUCAGGUCUGAACCCAUAAGAUUAUGCCAGAUCUAUGGUGCCUGGUGGAUUGCAUAAAUGUUAAUUUACUGC